AUGGGUGAUCGUCGUCUUAACAUUGGUUAUAAACGAAACUUAACAUCGUCGAAAUCUCCUGCCUCUAUAUUACAGCUAGAAGAAAUGGUUCAAGAUCUACAAGAAAGAAAUGAUUAUCUCAACUAUAAAACAAAUGAUUUAGAACAAUAUCAACGGAGAUGUGCAUUUCGUAUUUAUGGAAUAGCGGAAAACAAAGAAGAAGAUACAAAUGCUAUUCUUAAAGAUAUAGGUAAAGUAAUGGGUGUGAAAGUUAAAGACAAUGAUAUUUAUGCAUCCCACCGAUUAGGAAAACGUAAAAACAGGGCGAUAAUUGUUAGAUUUGUACGCUAUUCUGUAAAAGAAUAUUUCUAUAAAAUUCGUACAAAAUUAAAAUCUAGUGAACAGUAUAAAAAUGUUUAUGUCAACGAAGAUAUGUCUAGUCAUAAUCAUUUCAUAUAUAUGUGUGCUCGUGCAAAAUUAGAUAAACGAUAUGUAUUCAGUAAAAAUGGAUGUGUGUAUUAUCAAUCCAUAUCAGGUGAUUUUCAUGUUUUAACUCCAGUUGAAUGUGUGGAUGCAUUGAUAGGUCAAUAA